GUCUCAAAUUCUCAAGAGCUAGAGAGGGUGAGAAGGAGAGAGAAAAAGAAACUGAGAGGACUGUACCAGCUCUGGCGCUUGCAAGCUGCAAUUGUUGGCCAAAGAAGGAGAAAGUCUGUGGUGCCUGCAGAGGGGUGUACGGAGACAUUAUAGAGACAGAGAGGACCAGAUUGAUGGUUAAAUUGAAAAAAUUGGUGGUGAAUUCAGAGAGACAAAGCAGCUCUUGUGAAUUGAAGGGGUUUUGAUCGAGUUCGGAGAGAACGGCAAGCAUAGAGUGAGAGCGGGGGAGAUUUGUGACUGAUAUUGGUGUUUUUUUUGUUUGCUUUUGAUUAAGUUUCGAGAGAGAGACAGGGAAAUUGUGAAAUUGGUGAUGGUUGAUUGAAGUGUUGAAUUUCGUGGUGUGAGAGUGAGAGAACAUUUGUAGAGGUGUAGUAAAUGAGAGAUCUGAAUUGAAAGUAGAGAGAGAAUGCCUUCUUCAGAGAUUUCGACCAAGGAAAGGGCAGAGAGUUUUUCUUCCGGAUACAGCGAGCCCAACGCUAUGGAAGGGCAGAAAAGUCAUUCAACACAUUCUGGCGCCGCCGGUAAAGUUGUAGACCCCGAGACCGCGUUGUACAGGGAGCUAUGGCAUGCUUGUGCGGGUCCUUUGGUCACCGUUCCUCGUGAAGGAGAACGUGUCUUCUACUUUCCUCAAGGACACAUCGAGCAGGUGGAGGCAUCCACAAAUCAGGUCGCGGACCAGCAGAUGCCUCUCUAUGAUCUUCCAUCGAAGAUCCUUUGUCGUGUGAUGAACGUCCAGUUGAAGGCUGAACAAGAAACAGAUGAGGUGUAUGCCCAAGUGACUUUGCUCCCUGAGCCUAAUCAAGAUGAGAAUGCCGUUAAGAAGGAGCCACCACCAGCUCCGCCACCAAGAUUUCAUGUUCAUUCAUUCUGUAAAACUCUGACAGCUUCUGAUACCAGCACACAUGGUGGAUUUUCUGUGCUUAGGCGACAUGCUGAUGAAUGCCUACCCCCUCUGGACAUGUCACGGCAGCCUCCAACCCAAGAAUUGGUUGCCAGGGAUUUGCAUGGAAAUGAAUGGCGAUUUCGACACAUCUUUCGUGGUCAACCACGGCGGCACCUGCUUCAAAGUGGCUGGAGUGUAUUUGUUAGCUCCAAAAGGCUUGUUGCCGGAGAUGCCUUCAUAUUUCUAAGAGGGGAGAAUGGGGAGCUUCGCGUGGGUGUUAGACGAGCAAUGAGACAGCAGGGCAAUGUUUCAUCGUCUGUUAUAUCCAGUCAUAGCAUGCAUCUUGGUGUGCUUGCUACUGCAUGGCAUGCUAUCUUAACUGGAACCAUUUUUACUGUUUAUUACAAGCCAAGGACAAGUCCAGCAGAGUUCAUUGUUCCAUUUGAUCAGUAUAUGGAGUCUGUCAAGAGCAACUAUUCCAUUGGGAUGAGGUUUAAAAUGAGGUUUGAAGGAGAGGAAGCUCCUGAGCAGAGGUUUACUGGCACUAUAGUUGGAACUGAAGAUGCUGAUCCCAAAAGAUGGCAGGACUCCCAAUGGAGAAGCCUCAAGGUGAGAUGGGAUGAGACUUCGACCAUACCUCGGCCAGAGCGAGUCUCACCUUGGAAAAUAGAACCUGCUUUAGCUCCUCCUGCUCUGAAUCCUGUCCCAAUGCCACGGCCAAAAAGGCCUCGAUUGAAUAUGGUGCCAUCAUCGACCGACUCCUCUGUUCUUACUAGGGAAGGUUCCUCUAAGGUGACCAUAGACCCUUCACCAGCUAAUGAGUUUUCGAGGGUCUUGCAAGGUCAAGAAUUCUCGACCUUGAGAGGCAAUUAUGCCGAGAGCAAUGAAUCUAAUACUGCUGAUAAAUCAUUUAUGUGGCCCCCUUCACUAGAUAAUGAGAAGGUUGAUGUGGUUUCCACUGCCAGAAGAUAUGGAUCGGAAAAUUGGACACCCUCAGUGAGGCAUGAACCAACUUACACAGACCUGCUGUCAGGCUUUGGGGCGAAUGCGGGUUCCUCUCAUGGGUUCUGUGCUCCCUUUGUUGAUCGAACUUCAGGAGCUAGUAAUUCAAUAAGAAAACAUUCUCAGGAUGGCAAGCUUAACUUGAUUGCUGGACCAUGGUCUUUAAUGUCCACUGGUCUCUCUCUUAAGUUGGCAGACUCCAACAAUAAAGCUCCUGCAAGUGUUGGUGAUGUACCAUAUCAAGCACAAGGAAGUGUAAGAUAUGGUGGAUUGAGUGAGUAUCCCAUGCUUCAUGGGCAUAGAGUGGAACAUUCCAAUGGAAACUGGUUGAUGCCACCGCCUCUGCCAUCUCAGUUUGAGAAUCUUGGUCCUUCGAAAGGGCUAAUGCCAAAACAUAUGUGUCUACAAGAAAGUGUUGCUGUGAAAUCCAAAGAUGGGAAUUGCAAGCUUUUUGGUAUUCCCCUUGUCAGCAAUCCCGUCACAAAAGAUCCAGCAGCAUCUCAAAGGAAAAUGAAUGAGCUGGCUGGCCAGCAUGCUAAUCACCAGCUUUGUUCGUUUGAAGCUGGUCAGAAGUCUGAACAAUCAAAGAGUUCAAAAGUGGCGGAUGAUAAUGAGCUGGAAAAGCCACUCAAGACUUCUCAUCAACAUACGAGGGAUACUCAAGGCAAAUCACAAUGUGGUUCAACCAGAAGUUGUACUAAGGUCCACAAACAGGGGAUUGCUCUUGGUAGGUCUGUGGAUCUUACUAAGUUUAACAGCUACGAUGAACUGAUAGCGGAAUUGGACAUGUUGUUUGAAUUUGGUGGUGAAUUGAUGGCUCCCAAGAAGAAUUGGUUGAUUGUCUAUACAGAUGAUGAGGGUGAUAUGAUGCUUGUUGGAGAUGAUCCGUGGCAGGAGUUUUGUGACAUGGUUCGCAAGAUUUUCAUCUACACCAGGGAGGAGGUCCAGAAGAUGAAUCCAGGGACCUUGAAUUCAAAGAUUGAGGAAAGUAUAUCACCCAUGGAUGGUGGGGAUGGGAAGGAUGCAAAACAUGUGCCCAUUCCUUCAGCAUCGACCCCCAACAAUCAUGAAGUUUGGCGUCGAUAGGCGUUCCUGUCGCAAUUCUCCUGCAUUUGGUGCAGAGGAUGAUAUGAUUGCGCUCUUCUAUAUGCUAGGCUUUUGGUGGAGGCUUCAAGGCUCUGAUCAUCGGUUGUGAAAUAUCAAAUAAUGGUGAAGAUUUGACGACUCUUGUUUAGAUGGUGUGUUUUGUUUUCUUGGAUAUCAGAUAUUAGAUAUCACGGAUCAUAUAUCCAGUUUUGGAGUAUAUAUAUAUACAUAUGUAUCCAUAUAUGUUUUACAAGACAUGGGGGGCCUUGUUUCUCAAAGGAAUCCACGCCUUGUACAUAGCUGUCUUUAGACACCCAUUCUCCAACGUUGUAAGUAAUUUAAUACAUUAUCCGAUAGGUUCUUGGUUAAA